UACCAGCAGUCUCAUUGCGAAAAGUAAAAGUCAUUCUGUUAUUGCACCACCAGCGGGCGGCAUAGCCAUUGGCAUUGGCCCUCAAUUGCCACCACUUGGUAGCGGCGGUUUUGUCAAAUUACGGCAUGUAGACAACAGCGCACAAGAAGAACAAAAGCAGCAGCAGCAGCAACAAGGAGAACCACUUACCAACGCACAAAGCGCACAAAAUUCUCAACAACAACCAGAAGAACACCAGCUUCAAGCAGCUUCAGGCACAACAAAAGAAGGUGAGGCCGCGCAGGCGCGCAAUCCCACAGCUUUACCGACAUUCUUGCAAGGCGGUCUCCGACGCAGUUUAACGCAGGUCAUGGGACCCGAUCAACGCACAAUUGCGGUUGGCUGCAAGGCAGGCUCGAUUGCAGAUCGGCUUGCGGCUUUGCAAAAGAGCGGCGAAGAUGAUUGGAGGAAAAGAAUCUCUAAACGCGACGAAGUUGAUGAAAUACGACGCGAGAAUCUCGUAAAUGUGAACUAUAAGGAAAUGACCAACAGGCGGCAGUUAGCUGGACCCAUGCAUAAUUUAACAAAUAUAGUAACCACAACAGUGCCACAUUUGGUAGCAACAACCACACCGGCACUCAUAACUAACAUUGCUAUGUGCGUGUAA